AUGCAACUCACCACCCUUUUCGGUCUUGCUCUCUCCACCCUGAGCCUCACCUCUGCCUCUCCUAUCUCCUAUCCCAGUCGCCGUGACAGCGCGGCACUGACCUGGCAUGUGUCCAAUUUUACCACCGGCUGCUCGCCAGGAGGCUGUGUGUACAACUUCAACAUCCUCGGAAUUGCGACCAAGAACACACCGGGCUUCAACACCACCUGCUCCGGUACUACGGACAGCUCGGAUGACCUCAUCUCCUGCCAGGACCAUCUGGUCAAGUCUCGCGUCAAGGCCGAGCCGUAUCCGCUGUGGAAUGUCCGGGUCGAACACGUGUGGCUCCGGUCUGGGGGUGAAGCCGAGUUCUUUGCUUUCGGAGAGACUAAUGUCACCUCGUCGACCCCGCGAUUCACUAUCCCUGUCACUGAGGAGUAUGGUGUCGCCUGA